AUGAAUUCAAACUUAUCUUUCAAAAGUCGUCAUCGUGUUGGAACAAGUUUAAAACAUGCUUUCACGGAGUUUUUUAUCGAAUAUGAAACACAAAAAUUAGUUGUAGUACAUAGUGCAAAAUUUGCUGGUCUACUUCGCAUUAUACAAAUCCUUGUUCUUGUGUAUUCUGUAAUAUAUUUACUUAUAUAUGAAAAAGGGUACCAAAAAGAAGAUACAGCAGUUAUAUCAUCAGUGACACUUAAAGUAAAAGGUAUUGGUUAUGUUAAUGCGCCAAAAAAUAAAACACUGAUUAUUGAUGGAGCAGAUUAUAUUAUUCCACCAUCAGAAAACAAUGCUAUAUUUAUAAUGACAAGUUUUAUUCAAACUGAUCAAACACGAUCUACAUGUGCUGAAAGUGAAAAACUUAAAGAAGCCGUGUGCAAAAGUGAUAGGGACUGUGCCAACAAAACAUUUACACCAAAUAUGAAUGGUCGUUGGACAGGUCGAUGUUUAUUAUCACCGCAAAUAAAUAUUGUCAAUCAAACAACAAAUGCUAAGAAAAUUCCAAAAGGUUUAUGCGAAUACGCAGGUUGGUGUCCACCAGAAGAUGAUUUUUCAUCGGAAAUGCUUGUUCAAGAAACUCUUAAUUUUACAAUAUUUAUUAAAAAUUUUAUUGAAUUUUCAAUAUUCCAGGUUAAACAUAAAAAUAUGGUUGAUAAUUUAAAAGUACCAUGUACUUUUCAUCCAGAAUAUGCUAAAGAUUGUCCUAUAUUUAGUAUUGAUUAUAUAAUGAGUGAAGCGGAAAAAAAUAUUACUGAACGUAAUUUAAUGUUACGUUAUGGUGGUGUCGUACGUAUUAAACUGGAUUGGGAUUGUAAUCUAGAUCGAAAUAUAAAAUUAUGUAAACCUGAAUAUUCAUUUGCUCGUCUUGAUGUACCUUUUUAUGAAGAACCAUUUUCAAAGGGUUUCAAUUUUCGUCAUGCUACUGCUUGGAAAUAUAAUGAAGAACAUUUUCGUACAUUAUCAAAAGCUCAUGGUCUUCGUUUUAUAAUUUCUGUUAGUGGUAAAGCUGGAAAAUUUGAUUUUAUUACAUUAACUUUAAAUAUUGGUUCAAUAGUUGGACUAUUUGGUUUAGGAACAGUUAUUUGUGAUAUUUUUCUACUCCAUUUAUCAAAAGAAUCAUCCAUUUAUCGAAAACAUAUUUUUGACGAUGUUAAUUUAGGACGCAAUGAUAGCAUAAAAAAGGUGCCAAAAAUAAGUGUUCGAACCAAUGAUGAUGAAUAUUCAAAACCUGACUUAAAUAUAGAAGCAGAAUCAUCAUACAGAACAACUGAUAAUAGUUCAGUAUCUCCAGCAAAAACAGUUACCAUGGGUCCAGUUUCUUUCAUUAAUCCACGUCAAAAUUGA